UUAACCAAGAAAAAAAUGUUAACUGCCUUUUUACCAGCUGCUGCUGCUCUGUUAACAUCAGCAACAUCUACAUUUACAACAAACGACCAAUACCAACAGCAUUACUACCAGCAGCAGCACUGGUCUCCUCGAUUACAAAGCGUGUAUGGCGACAAACAAGAAUCUGCAUUUUAUCAGCAAUUGUUUGCCACGAAACAAACAAUGUUGCCUCAACUUGUAUUAGAUGAUGUACAAAUUAAUGAAAAUGUUGUUAUGAACACGACAACAACACCAUAUUUUCCACCUGCAUUUUCUCAUGUUGUUUUGGCACCCCCUAAAACCACAACAACAAGAUCACCCUUUUUUACGUUUGCAACAGCCACAACAUCAUCAUCAACGUCAGCUAUUACAGCUGUUACCUCAACAUUGGUUAAAACAACAGCCAGUCAUACAAUGCCAACACGACCAUCACCAACUCUGACCUCCUCCCUAUUGUUGUCAUCAUCAUCAUCAACAUUGCCAUCGUCUGCAACCUCCUCGUUAGCAGCCAUAUCGGCGAUGGGGGCUUCAACCUCAACAUCCAUGUUUUUUGAAGGUGAUUUACUGCCUGCGGUUUUUGUUAACUCCAACGACAUCAACAACAACGACAGCAACAACAAUAGAAAUAGUACAUCACUGGGCCUGGGUGGUGUUGGUGGCACCGGGGUGAAUAUCGAUGAUGACGAUGACAAUUUAAAUUCAUUUUAUUUCUAUGAGACGGAACAAUUUGCUGUUUUAUGGAUUCUAUUCACCAUAAUUGUUUUGGGCAAUUCAGCGGUAUUGUUUGUAAUGUUUUUGAAUAAAAAUCGCAAAUCACGAAUGAAUUAUUUUAUUAAACAAUUGGCAUUGGCAGAUCUUUGUGUUGGUUUACUAAAUGUUUUAACUGACAUCAUUUGGCGCAUAACGAUAUCCUGGCGAGCCGGUAAUGUGGCGUGUAAAUUAAUACGGUUUUCCCAAGUCUGUGUUACGUAUUCAUCUACUUAUGUUCUGGUAGCCAUGAGCAUUGACAGAUAUGAUGCCAUCACACAUCCCAUGAAUUUUUCUAAAUCAUGGAAACGUGCUCGUCAUCUGGUGGCUGGAGCCUGGAUAGUAUCUGCCUUAUUUUCCCUACCCAUACUCAUGCUAUACGAAGAGAAACUAAUACAGGGCCAAACACAAUGCUGGAUAGAGCUGGGCUCACCAUGGGCCUGGCAGGUCUAUAUGAGUCUAGUGUCGGCUACUCUGUUUGCCUUUCCCGCCCUCAUUAUAUCCGCCUGCUAUGCCAUUAUUGUGAAAACAAUAUGGGCUAAGGGCUCCAUAUUUGUGCCGGCCGAAAGGGCGGGCUUUAGCAAUACAACCGCACGAAGAGCUAGUUCGAGGGGCAUUAUACCAAGAGCCAAAGUGAAAACAGUUAAAAUGACUUUUGUCAUUGUUAUUGUAUUCAUAGUUUGCUGGUCACCCUACAUUAUUUUCGAUUUGUUGCAGGUAUUUGGUCAUAUACCACAGACUCAAACAAAUAUAGCCAUAGCAACGUUUAUACAAAGUCUGGCGCCGCUUAAUUCAGCAGCAAAUCCUUUGAUUUACUGUUUGUUUUCUUCAACAGUCUUUCGGACAUUAAGUCGUUUCCCCCCUUUCAAAUGGUUCACCUGCUGCUGCAAGUCCUAUCGCCACAAUUCUACCCAAAAUCGCUGCAACACCGUGGGACGUCGCCUGCACAAUAGUUGUGAUUCAAUGCGCACUUUAACCACCUCCUUGACAGUGUCGCGACGCUCCAAUAAGGGCACAACACGUGUGAUUAUCUGUGAAAGGCCUAAAUCGAAUUCAAUCAACCACAAUGCCAUGUCAGAGGUAUGAUAGCAGCAGCACUGUGCGCGUUGUUCCAGUGUCAUUUUGUAUCGUUCAACGCGUUUCGCUCCACUCGAAUAUGUAUAAGUUUUAAAACAGUAAAUUUAUGUAUAAAAUGUUACUUA